AUGUCGCUUUUCAGUAUGGACGGCGGCAAUAUGACUGGCAUGAUGGAGAUGGUGAUACAUUUCCGUGAAAGGGAGGUGAUCCUGUUUUCAUUCUGGAAGACUGGAACGGUAUCUGGUUGGUAUGGCUGUGUCGAUGUUCAUAUCAUUUCUGCUAUGUAUAUUGGUAUGAAGCGAUCAAAAGGAUUUCGCUUAUUCUUAGCCGUCUAUCAUGUCAAGCAGCGUCACGCGAAUCCUGCUCUUACCGGAUCCGGAUCACAGUCACCACUGGCGGACUCCGGAGGAGAUAAUGUCUCUCAAGAUACCAUACCAUUCGCUCCGAUUCUACAAAUAACGGGCUUGACGAGACGAGUGUUUUCGAAGUUUCGUUUGGCUCAAGCUGCUCUAUAUGGCAUUCAAGCUCUUCUUGCCUACGUACUCAUGUUGAUUGUGAUGACAUUCAACGGAAAUCUCAUUCUCAGUGUCGUGGCCGGUGAAGCUGUGGGUUACCUUCUCUUCACAGGAACACCAUUUGUAGACUCACAUUUGUCUAGUUGUUGUUGA